AUGGACAAGCUUGUGAAGCUAUGCUUCUCUAGGACCAACUCUAUCGCCGCAGCCAUCGACCCUCGAUGGAAGGAAACGGUGGACAGGCUGAAUCUGCCACAGUCUCAUGACCAGGUGACGAACUACCUCGCAAGGUCGUCACGUCUACUUGGAGAAGUCCAAACGUACCGCUGGCACCCCGGCCCCGAGAAAGGGCAAGACAAGGGCCACUGGCAUCUUUUUGCACCCAGUUCAGAGGACAACAAGUCCACCCCGUGCCCCGAGUGCGAAGACCGACCAGGCAGGCCAGCGUGGCGCGACUGCCCCGAACACCAAGAAAAGUGCCCCGACUGCGGGUUCUUGCGCCGGGAUGCCUUUGAACUCCCCUUCAUCUCCCCCGAGCUGCAUGCUCGCGCAAAGCUAACCACGGUCGAGGGGUGCAAGGACGCCACGGUCAGAGGGGCUUGGGGCGAGCGAGACCACUGGUUGGGGCAACCGAAAGGGGGGGUACACGAGCCGCAGUCCGAAGUCUGGGACGGGGAGAGGUGGCGAGACGACGCCGCUUUCUUCGACCCCCAGUCCAGCUUCCUCUUGCCCUUGAGAUGCAAUUGGCUGUGGCCUGUCAUGUACCCCCAGAAGAUGCAGAUGGUCCCCGGGCCCGACAGCUACGAUGCCUUCAUGCUGGUCCUUGUCCUCGACGCCCUGAGGCUGUUCAUCGAGGGCGUCGAACUUGACUACGCCCUUCCCCCCCAAGAGAUAAGCGCCCAUGUCCCCCCUAGGAGCGGACCGGUCAGAAUUCGGAUGAUGAUCUCCAGCGUCUUCUCCGAUCUUCCGGCGCUUGCGGACAUGGUAAAGUUCAAGCUCGGGGGUUUUCACGUAUCAAGGGGCUGCAAGCAUGUCGGCAGCUACGUGGACGGAAAGCUGGUCUACACGGACGGCCGCCGACUCGCCCGCGACGGAUGCGUCCCGAAGACAAUGGACGAGGUGGCGGCGGCCAUGCUCGAGCAGCUGGGGGCGGAAACAAAAGCGGAGCGCGCGGAAAUUGGGCACCGGACCGGCAUCAUCGGGUUUAGCAUGUUGCUAAUUUUGUGGGCCGCAUACGGUCUGCACCUAGUGCUUGACGUAUGCAGCGACUUUCUGCACUGCGGGCCGGAAAACCUGUGCAAGCACCUGAUCCGCGAUAUGCUGUACGGGCGUCUGGCCGUCGAGAGGAUCCUAGACAAAGAGGCGCGGGCGGCCGGGAGGACGGGCGCCCGGCUGGAAGCCGGUACCGUCAAACGGGCAAAGAGCGUUCAGUUGGGGGAGCACAACUUUGCGGUCGGCGACCACGCUGUGCUGCGCCCAGAAGCUGCGGGCCGGUCGGAGGAGUACGUGCUCGUGGACUCCUUCUUCACAGCAAAGCCGCAAAAUGGUCCCCGGCGGGUGUUCGUUCAGUUCUCUGCCUUCCAGGCGCAACGGGAUGGGGCAACCGGGCUGCCUUUGGGCGGCAGACACCACAACUGCCUCAUGCUGCAUCCCCUCGAGCAAGCCCAGAAGCGCGUCCGGCUGGCUCGGGACCUGCGCCGGCACUUCAUCCCGUGCCCCGCUCCUGGAGAAACCGUCUUUACUGGGAGCAGCCACGUGAUCGAGGUCGCCCCGAGCGGGUUCGGUUUCGAGGCCCACGACGUGUGGGUGCCGGUUUACCCCCGGGUUGGAGACGUGGUGAGGCUGGCGGUCCGUGAACCUCCGGACGUCCGCCAAGAGGGCGUUCAAGGGCAGUGGGGGUACGGGGCCCCGUACGACAUCCUCAAAUUUGUGAAACCUGGGUUCUCCCUCUCGUACGCCCUCGUGAAGCAAGUGAGCAGCGGCCGGGGAAGGAUGGCCGUCGUGCAGUGGCUGCGGCGCUCCGAACCCGCUGCACCGGACGGGGAGGAGAGCGACUGGACGCUGUGGCCUAUAGCCGGACGCACGGCGAUGGACGUGGAUGACGUCAGCGAGAGCGACGCCAGUGAGAGCGAGAGCGAGGACGAGAUCGCGGGCGCGUUCGACCUCAAGCGAGUCACGUGGAACUCGAUCGUCGACCGCGUGGAGUCGAUAAAGGCGUUCGAGGACGAGAGGGGAACGGUGUUCCGCUUCAAGACGCUUCCGCCCGUGAGGGUACGGAUUUAG